GGAAAUAACAUUAAGCAGUAUAAAUGCUGAUUAUGUGAAUACAAGAGAAAUUAUUUAUAAAACAGAAACAUCAUGUUCGAAAAUAUUAAAUAUUAUUGAAGAACGAGCAUUAUCGUAUGAACACGCAGUUGAAGAUGCUGCAAAACAAAUUCAAAUGGCUCCAGAUGGUAGUCAUUUUAAUCAAACAAACAAUGUUCAUGAAACCUGUAUCAAUUUAGCAAGAAUGGUUGAUAAUGAUAAUAUAUAUCAGACAAUUGACUUGAAUAAUGAAGAACAUAACAUAGCCGAAAACAACGUCUCUGUCGUUAUAAAAACAGCAAACGAUAUGAUUCAUGCACUAUAUGAACCAAUUAAUAAAAGAAAAACAAGCGAAGAUGAUACCUUAUUAGUUCUUCAUAGUCAAGUAAUGCAGGGUCCAAUAAUAACAAUUACAGGUUCAAGCACACCACAGACCUAUCAAGUAAAUGCUGAGAAGUACAAUCGCGCCAAACAUGCCACAGAUACUGCAUUAUUAACAGAAGAGAGUGGAUUCAACAAUUUAUUAUCCUUGUUAUUCAGCGCACUGUUUUCUAAUGAAGAGUUGAAACUGAGUUCUAUUCAUGGGUCAGUACAAGGAACCAAAGUAUUAUGUCUCCAACGCGUUCAUACCAUUGAUGAACAUAUGUACAAUAUAUAUGGACAGCGAUAUAUCACGUAUAGACAAACCAAGAAGUUUAAGGAUACUAUAAACAAAAAAUGUUGUCGCUUGCGCUCGUAA